AUGUCACACGCGGCAUUUGUACAAAUCUUUUCGGUGUUAUUACUGGCCCAAAACCAUGUAGCCCAGGCGGCACGUUGUAAUCUGGACCAAUUCACCUGCAAAGAUGGCAAGUGCAUACUGCAAACCAAAUUAUGUGAUGGCCGUUUAGAUUGUUCGGAUAAUUCAGAUGAAAUCGAUUGUGAUUUAAAAAUGUGCCGUAAACCCGACUGGUUUCAAUGUUCUCUACCACAUGGUCCCUGUCUUUCGUCUGAUUUAAUUUGCAACGGCAUUGAAAAUUGUCCCGGCGGUGAGGAUGAACUGGACUGUGUUGAGAACGAGCGAGGCUCAUCGAAAGAUUUCGGUAUCGGAGGCUGGCAUUCUUCGCAGCGUAAUUGCAGUCAAUAUGAAUUCACUUGUCAAUCGGAUCGCUCCUGCAUACCGCUGAAUUUUAUGUGUGACGGCAAGAAAGACUGUCAUGAUGGUUCCGAUGAAACAACUGGUUGCGUUAAGGCCCAGGCUAAUUGUCAGGGUUUCUUUUGUCAAAAUAAUCGUUGCUUGGAAAGCAAGAAAUGGUUGUGUGAUGGCAUUGAUGAUUGUGGUGAUGGCAGUGAUGAGAUGAAUUGUGCUGAAAAUUGUACCCCAGAAAUGGGCAAAUUUUUAUGUCGCAACAACAUCACCUGUCUGCCACUCGAUAAAGCUUGCGAUGGCACCCCCGAUUGUCCCGACCGCACCGAUGAAUCCUUUCGCUGUACAGCAUCCAAUAACUGUAAGAAUAAAACUUGUCCGCCAGCCUCAAAAUGUCAAAUGAUGCCACAAUCGGGACCCGAAUGUAUCUGUCCCAAAGGCUACAAACAUUCGCUGCUCGAAGAUGUUUGCGUGGACAUUGACGAGUGUUUGGAACAAUAUGGGGUUUGUAGUCAGACUUGUGUUAAUGCUCCUGGAACAUAUAGAUGUACUUGCGAUGAGGGCUAUGGUCUAAGGGAAGAUAAUCGCACUUGUGAGGCUAUUGGUGAAGAAGCUUUGCUCUUGUAUACAACUCAGGUGACGGUGAUGGGCGUUAAUCUGAGAUCGAAGAGAGUGUAUACAGUGGCUAAGAAUCUGUCAAAGGUAAUUGGUGUGUCCUAUAAUGGGGAGCAUAUCUAUUGGACGAAUAUACAAAAUGAAGGUGAAAGUAUUGUUAAGGCAAAUCCGGAUGGUUCACAGCAGGAAAUUUUGCUAACAUCUGGUUUAGAUGCUCCCGAAGAUUUGGCAGUAGAUUGGCUAACUGGCAACAUUUACUUUUCGGAUAAUGUUAUGCGUCAUAUAGCCGUUUGCUCAAAUGAUGGCCACUUUUGUACAGUUUUAGUUACCGAUGAUGUUCAUCAGCCUCGUGGUGUAGCUUUGUGGCCUCAGCGUUCCCAAAUAUUUUGGACUGAUUGGGGCAUAAAUCCCAUGAUUGCUCGUGCUUCUAUGGAUGGCACUAAUUCGAUGCGUUUGGUCACCGAAAAGAUUCACUGGCCCAAUGGUAUAGCUUUGGAUAUGUACAAUGAUCGCAUUUAUUGGGUUGAUGCCAAAAUGGCCACCAUUGAAAGUGUACGCACUGAUGGCACAGAUCGCCGCAUGGUUUUGGAAGAAAUCCUUAAACAUCCUUAUGGCUUGGCCAUAUUUGAAGAUCAUAUUUAUUGGUCCGACUGGGGCACCAAAAGUAUUCAUGCUUGCAACAAAUUCACCGGCAAAGAUCACAAAGUCAUUACCAAAGAUCGCACUAUAUAUGCUGUGCAUAUUUAUCAUUCGUCCAAGCAAAAGAAAACCUCUCAUGCCUGCGAGAGAACACGUUGCUCUCACUUGUGCUUGCUGGCUGAGAAUAAUAAAUAUUCGUGUGCUUGUCCCGAUGGCAUGCAACUGGGUCCGGAUCAGUUGCGUUGCAUGAAGACCCAUAAGAAACAGCGGCUAUUUUUGGGCGUAAGAGGUAAUUUACUGGAAAUGGAGCAUACCACAUUUGGACGUCAUACCAUAACCACCACUCACAAACUGGAUAUGUUUAUACACCAAAUGGCCUAUAAUAGUGUUAAUAAUACGGUAUUUGUGGCCGACAAUUUCCAAAAGGUGAUUUGUGAGGUGGACCUGCAGAGUAAUACGGUGAGGACAUUGGUAAAGGGUAAUUUGGGAAAUGUUACAGCUUUGGCAUUUGAUCAUUUAUCCUACAAUUUAUAUUGGAGUGAUUCGGAAAGACAUGUAGUCGAGGUUUUAUCUCUACAAACAAAACACCGGGCUAUUGUUUCUUUCUUUUCUGGCGUGGAAGCACCUAUUGGUUUGGCUCUAAUACCAGAGGAUGGCACCAUGUUUAUUGCCUUGAAAGCCCGCUAUGUGCACAUCGAUCAGAAAUCUUUGAGCGGCAUGGGCGAACACUCUCACGUUUUUGAGGAUGAGUUGGGCGAUGAUGACAUCAAAUUUGUGACCGAUUUCGAGACAAACACUUUAUACUGGGCUGACAGCGAUUUGGGUCGCAUAUCGUUUUCAGACUAUCGCAAUUUACAUGCCUAUACUUUUCGAGGCCGCCUAAAGAGACCCUAUUCCAUAGCCAUAGUGGAUGAGGAUCUGUUCUGGACCGAACUCAGAUCGAAUACGAUACAUUGGACGCAUAAGAGUAACAUGGGUCCCCUAAAACGUUUCGAUAUAGAGGUAAAUCGAGAACUUUACUCAACACAUUCUCUACCCACGCAUAUUCCUUUGACGGCCAGUACACCCGCGCAAUCAGCUGAACAUCCCUGUCAACACUGGAAUGGUGGUUGUUCUCAUGUUUGUGUGACUUUGGGUAAAUUUGUGGCGGGCUGUCUUUGCCCAGCUGGUUUGGUAUUUAGAGAUGCCACAAAUCAUACCUGCAUAGAGGCUUUAGAUUGUGAAUUCCGCUGUCGUUCGGGUGAAUGUUUGACUUUGUCACGCAAAUGUAACAAUCGCAAGGAUUGUCCGGAUGGUUCGGAUGAGGAGGGCUGUGAUGUGGAUAAGAAACAGAAACCUAAAGUUGUGUGUCCGGUGGGAAAAUUCAUGUGUCAUAAUGGAGAACAGUGUCUGGAUGCUGAUCGGCGUUGUGAUGGUAAGAAACAAUGUCAUGACGGCUCCGAUGAAGAACAUUGUGAACAUUUUGAUAAGUCGAAAAAUUGUCAUCGCCAUCAACAUGUCUGUGACAAUGGCAACUGUGUGGACUUUAGUGUCAUGUGUGAUGGAGUCAAUGAUUGCGGUGAUAAUUCGGAUGAGGAGAAUUGUAAAUUGGCUAGAGCUAAAGAUGCCGGCAUGCGUCCAGUCUGUGGCAAAGAUAUGUUUCAGUGUAAUAGUGGCACUUGCAUUGCCAAAAGCUGGGAAUGUGAUGGCAAAAUCGAUUGUUCCGAUAGCUCAGAUGAACAUGAUAAAUGUGGCAUUAAAGAUUGUCCCAAAGACAUGCAUAGAUGCUUACUUGGCCAGUGCAUCGAUAAACGUUUAGUUUGUGAUGGUCAUAAUGAUUGUGGUGACUUUUCCGAUGAGCUCAACUGCGAUAUGGUUACCGGCAAAAAGCGUAAAAUGUACUGUGGUGAUGAGCUAAAUCCCAUGUAUGAAUGCCCUAGCGAUCCCAAUGUAUGUCUGGAACUUUCCGCCAAAUGUAAUGGCACGGCCGAGUGCCCACGUGGAGAAGAUGAAGCCGACUGUGGCAACAUGUGCAGCAUCUAUGAGUUUCGCUGUAAGUCAAGUAAAGAAUGCAUACGCUCUGAAUUUCGCUGUGACAAUGAAAAAGAUUGUUCGGAUGGUUCGGAUGAGGAGAAUUGCGAGAGACAUGGCGCCUGGAAUGCUUCGGUGGGCAUACAGACACAUGAGAAACCCUGUGGUCCCAAAAUGUGGGAUUGUCGAGAUGGUGAGUGCGUGGAUGAAUCUCGGGUAUGUGAUGGUUUCGAGGAUUGUGAUACGGGAGCCGAUGAGGGGCCUUUGUGUAAAACUGCCUGCAAACCUAUGGGCGGAAAAGCUCCCUGUGAAAAUAAAUGCAAAGCAACGCCAGCUGGUGCUGUUUGUUCCUGUUUUAGUGGCUACAAAUUAGAUACGGAUCAUCGUUCUUGUGUUGAUAUCAAUGAAUGCGAAGAACUAGAUCCCUGUGCUCAAAUAUGUGAGAAUAAGCAUGGUUCGUAUAGAUGUUCCUGUUAUCCAGACUUUAUGAUGCGUCCUGAUAAGGCCACUUGUAAAUCAAUUGAAAGUGAAAGGUCUCUAUUAUUCUCCACUUAUGAUGAGGUGCGCAGCAUGACCGAACAGCCCAUAAUACUGAGAGUUGCCUGGAAGGCAAAUGAUACCAAGAUAAAUGGUUUCGAUGUAAAUGUUAGACUACGUAAAGCUUACUUUACCACAGACAAUGAGAAUAUUCUAUACAAGGUGGAUGCGGAUACUGCUGAGGUAAAAGCUGCCUUGGAGCUGCCUAUGCCAGGAAAAGUGGCUGUAGAUUGGAUAACUGAUAACGUCUAUGUCAUAAGCCGCAAUCAAGUGUACGAGAUCAAAGUAUGUUCGUUUGCGGCCAAAAUGUGUGGCACUAUAUUGAAAGUUAAACCUCGCGAAAUUAUCAAAGCUCUCACAGUGGACGCUUACAAUAGACGUUUAUUUUUUGUGGUGGUGCAAACCCAAACAUUUGGCAGCCACAGGUCACGCAUAGCCACAGCCAAUUUGGAUGGCAGUAAACGUGAGUACAUGCUAACCAAAGAAAUGAGUUUCAUUACCACCUUAGCCUGUGAUCCCUACAAGAAAAUGCUCUACUACACCGAUUUGCAUCAGAAGACCUUGCAGGGCAUUAGCUAUCGUUCGGGAUCCAGAGGUAGCCCCAUUACAUUGCUACAGAAAGGAAACGUCAUUAUGCAUCCCUCCGGCUUAACCUGGUACGAGAAUCAAGUGUUUAUUGUUAAUCUGGGAGCCAAAGAGGCCAUACGCUGUUACCUAUAUGGCUCAAGGGAAUGUAAAGCCUUUAACUUGAAUAUUCUCAAUGCUGAGGAUAUACUUAUAGAUGGUGCUUCGCGUCAACCCCUAAAUCGAAAUCCCUGCAACAUGGCCAAAUGUCGUGGCAUGUGCGUUCAAACUGAGUUUAGCUAUGAAUGUAUGUGUGGCGAUUCCAUAGUCAGUGAAUCGAAAUACUGUGAUACCAACAAUGAGAUCACCUCCUCAGCAUUGCUGAUACAUCGUGAAACACCCUCAAAUGAUGAUCAGGGAUCAUCCCAUAUAACAGCUGUGGUUUGGUCGCUGAUUACCUUCCUGAUACUGCUCCUUUGCGGCUUGGGGUAUUUUUAUUAUCGUCGCAAACAGCAGGGACAACGUGAUUUCAUUCGUAACCUGCAUUUCCAGAAUCCAUUGGCAUCAUUUAUACCACAGCACGGCAGCAAAACAGGCACCCUGGACAGUGGACUCACCACCACCGGAACGGGCAGCUCAUCGGGCACCACGGCAGCCUCGUUCGAGGUCGAACGGGAGAAGUUACACAUUGGCUCAUCGAUUCAGAGAUUUCUGCGCGGCUCUACGUCACCGCAUGGCUCGGAAAUUUUACUGGAAACCGCCAAGCCCCACGAGAUACAUGAAGUGGUCAUGGAGAAACAACAACAACGACCAGCAGCAUCGCUCAUACCAAAUUUGUUGGUGGAAGAUGCCGAACACGAUAACACCCUCACAAUUGGAGAUUAUGAUGAUGAUGCGAGAGCCCGGCUUGUACCCUAG